AUGCUUCCUCUUCAAGUAUCAUCUUUUAUUCUGGCAUUGGUUCCAUGCAUUAUUUCCUAUAAAAUGGUUCUUUUCGUUCCAAAUAUGGCCAAUAGUCAAGUUCUUUUCAACAGUCGAGUAGCUGAAACGCUCGCAAAGGCAGGUCAUGAUGUCACAAUGCUGAUGAUAACCGCAAUUGAUGACUUUGACUCCAAAGACGUUAAAAUUAUGAAAGAAGUCAAAACUCAUCGAGUAAAUGCGUCCAGUGGCGUGAAAAAGAAGACUUUUGAAGAAGAACAGAGCAAAUUUGCAUUUGAGGAUUCAUCUGCAUGGGAUCCCAGAUUGAGAGAACACGUGAAUCGUAUGGCGACCUUUCUGAGCAUGUCUUGCCGAAAAAUGGUUGAAAACAGGGGAUUUUUGAAUUGGUUGGAGGCGGAAAAAUUCGACCUCGCAUUUUCUCAUAUGUACGACGUCUGUCCAAUCGGUCUAAUUCACUAUGCGAAGAUCCCAUCAUGGAUUUGGCUUAACAGUGGCGCUCAUAGGGACUUUAUGGCUUAUUACAUGGGAGUCCCAAGUAUUCCCAGCUACACUCCAACAAUGAUCAUGGAAAGCUCUGACCAUAUGAAUUUCAUAGAAAGGACAAAAAGUUUGAUUGGUCACACAUUAGUCCCAUUCGUGUGGAGAAGGAUAUUUGCGGAUGACGAGACGGCUAUUUUCCGAGAGCUGAUUGGCCCCGAUUUUCCUGAUUUAGUGGACGUAGCAAAGAAGUGCCCUCUGGUUAUGGUGAAUUUAAACGAGCUUUAUGAUUUUCCUCGACCAACAUUGGCGAAAAUUGCAAACAUCGGUGGGAUUGGAAUCCAGGAAAAGGAUGCAAAACCAUUGCCACAAGAAUUCCAAGAGAUAGUAGACACCGCUGAGGGCAUAGUGGUGUUUUCUUUCGGGACGGUAGCUCCUAGCCACAAAAUGCCUUCUAAAUGGAAAAUGGCUUUCAUUGAUGCUUUCAAACGUUUCCCCAGAUACCACUUCUUAUGCAAAUACCAAGGAACGGAUUUACAUGGUAAGAUCUCGCCAAAUAUUCACUUGUUCAAAUGGCUUCCACAAUCUGAUCUCCUACAAAACCCAAAAACAAAAGCAUUCAUUUCACACGGAGGGUACAACAGUGUGCAAGAGGCAAUCUCAGCCGGUGUUGCGAUGAUCACUAUACCCUCGUUUGGUGACCAACCAAAAAACGCUAAAAUAGCUGAAAAACACCAAUUUGCUGUCAGUAUUCGUAAGAGUGAUCUUAGCGCGGAUACGAUAGCUGAAGCUCUCAGUAAAAUACUUGGUGAUAAAAGCUACUCUCAAAAAAUCAGGCGACUCUCACAGAUGGUAAAGAAGAAGCCAGUAAGUACGUCGCACUUACUGGUCUCGUGGGCCGAAUUUGUGGCCGAGUUCAAAACGUUGGAUAAUCUCGUACCGGCUGGAAACAAACUCAACUUUUUCCAGUAUCAUUCUCUUGAUGUGGUUGCAUUCCUCCUACUUAUGCUGAAUAUCAUUUUAUACAUUUCCUGGAAAUUGCUGAAAUUCGUAACAGUGAAAUUAUAUUUGAUACUUUCCCGUUCCAAGAAGGAAAAGAGAGCUUGA